UCUUUCUCUCUGCUUAUUUAACAAUAGAAUACGAACAUAACGUUCAUUCACUGUUCAAUGGGUCAACGGAUUUCAAACAAGAAAAAAAAUCACAUGAUUAAAUCCUCCUCGCGUGCAGUAACAACAUCAAUAGCAGUGUGAGCUGUGAUAAAUAUAAAGAUAUCGAGUAAUAACAUCGAAGUGAUCGUCACGCGUUGAAGAUAACAAUAUGACAGGAAUAUUUGAAAUAUUUUGCGGCCUUACUUUAAUUUUUUUUUUGUAUUACUAUCUGACCUCGACGUUCGAUUACUGGAAGGUCCGUGGUGUAAAAGGACCUCAACCCAUUCUUCUGUUUGGCAAUAUCAAGGAUAUAUUGUUUUAUAAGAUAAAUAUGGCAGAAUAUUUAAGUAAUAUUUACCAUUUUUACAAAGACGAACCGUGUGUCGGCAUCUUCUUUAGAAGUAAACCAAUACUCAUCCUAAGAGAUCCGCAAUUAAUAAAGGACAUUUUAAUUAAAGACUUUUCCAGUUUCUCUCAACGAGGCAUAUUCAUAACGAAAAAGGUAGAUCCACUGUCAGAAAAUCUCGUUUUUCUCGAAACAUUAAAAUGGAGACAGUUAAGGAAUAAAUUAACAACUGUGUUUACUUCUAUUAAAUUAAAGGAAAUGUUUCCAUUGAUGAAGAUAAGCACAGAUCAUUUGGAGCAAUAUAUUAAUAAGAUACCUGAUAACUAUAUCCUUGACAUUAAUGAAUUAAAUGCUAAAUACACUAUAGAUAUAAUAAGUAGUUGUGCAUUCGGCAUUGAAACAAAUAUAUUUAACGAUGGAGAAAAUGAAUUUUGGAAAAUAGCUAAAGAAAUAUUUGAGGUCAAUACAAUAAGUUUACUGAAACAAAAUCUGCAAAUAUAUUUUCCGAAAUUGUACAAUCAACUCAACUUUUUAUUCACAAAUGUUCGUCUAACUUCUUUCUUUGUAAAUAUAGUUAAAAAUACAAUAGAAUACAGAAUAAAAAAUAACAUCGUUAGAAACGAUUUCAUAAAUAUAAUAAUGGAAUUGAAAAAAAACUCGAAAAACUUUAGCGAAGAGAUCGAAUUAACGGAUACAUUUUGUGCCGCUCAAGCGUUCAUGUUUUUUGUAGCUGGUUUUGAAACAACUUCCUUAGCUAUGACCUUUACCCUUUACGAAUUAGCUCAAAAUCAUACCAUACAAGAUGAAGUUCGCAAAGAAAUCAAUGAAGUAUUUGAACAAAAUAACGGUACCUUAAAUAUCGAAUCUAUAAAAGAUCUGAAAUAUUUACAUGCGUCAUUUAAAGAAGCACUAAGGAAAUAUCCAUCAAUAACAUAUUUACAUAGAGAAUGUACGACAUCUUCUUACACAUUGAAAGGCACUAAUAUUACUAUACAGAAGAAUCAAAAAAUUUUGAUACCGAUACUCGGAUUACAUUACGAUCCAAAAAUUUAUCCGAAUCCAGAUGUUUUUGAUCCUGAACGAUUUAUGACCAAAAAUAAUGCAAUUAAAAAUGAAAUAUAUCUACCUUUUGGUUCUGGACCUCGUAAUUGCUACGGAGAAAAAUUUGCGUUUCAUCAAACGACACUUGGACUGGCAACAUUAUUACGGAAUUGUAAAUUCGAUAUUUGUGAAAAAACAAAAAUUCCAUUUACGCGUCUUCCGUCACAUUUGUUCUUACGACCAGCUGGUGGAAUAUAUUUGAAAAUAAGUAAAAUUAAUGAAAAAUAAUAGAAUUCCCUUGUUAUAAAAUACAUUGUAAAAUUAAUUCCAUUAUCAUUAACAAAUAAUCAUUGAUAAAUAAGAUUACUUUGUUAACAUUUAAACAAUUGACCAACAUUACAAAAAUUAUAAGAUGCAAUUGAUAUAAAAUAAAUUCAAUCUAUCAAAUAAAAUGAAAUAAAAUCAAAAUU